ACGCGACACCCACUCACUCUCUCCCUCUAUUCGCCGCUCCCUUCAAUCAACGUCGCCGGUGCUCCGUCCAACGCCGUCGUAUCACCUUGACACAUAAAAUUUCAAUUGCGCCUAAUUUAUGACGGAUCGCGAGAGAUAUUCUUGCUUAUCUUCGUAUUUGGCUUUGAUCAAAGAAGUUGAUAUGCUGUUUGAUGUUUCAACAUACCACUAUGGUGGGAUGGAAGGAUCAAUGAAGACUUUUGAGUGAUUAAGAGUUGAAUGCACGUUUAGCUGGAUACGUGGACUGCUGAAAUUCAUGCAAAUUUUGGCAAAUGAAGCUGAGAAGAAGUUGUCAAGAAAUGCCGGUGCCAAAGAGGUAAAUAUGGGCCAUCAUGGGGAGCUGGCAGAUGAUGGGGAUGCUGAUUCUAAUAUUAGUGGUGACAUGGAUGCUUCUGGGCACUUGCUGGUUGAGGAUGGUAUUUUUGCUGAACCGUAUGUUGGGAUGGAAUUUGAUUCUAAAAAUGCAGCAAAGAUGUUUUACGAAGACUAUGCAAGAACUCUGGGGUUUAAUGCUCAAGUUUCCUCUGACCGUUCAACCUCCAGGGAGUUUCUGUGUUCCAGGAAUGGUUUAAAGAAAAGUGCUGGUGAGAGCUGUGGGGCAAUGCUCAGAGUUGAACAAAGGGGUGAAAACAUAUGGAUUGUGUCAAAGUUUGUGAAAGAUCAUAGCCACACAGUUGUUAGUCGUAGUAAGUUGCGGUGCCUUAGACCUAAAAGACAUUUUGCUGCUACAACAAACAGUGCGGCCAAAACUUUCCAAGAUGUAGACAUAGUUCCUAGUGGCGUCAUGUAUGUUUCCGUGGAUGGAAAUGGCAUUUCUUCAGAAAUUAACCAUGUAGCGAAGAAUAUACCUGCUUCUGGAUUAAAUCAUCCAGUGAAAAGUAUUGGAGCACUGGGCCUAACACUUGAGCAUUGCAACCAAACAAGAACAUUGGGUAGGGAUGCUCAAAAUCUCCUUGAUUAUUUUAAAAAGAUGCAGGCAGAGAAUCAUGGAUUUUACUAUGCUAUACAACUUGAUGAAGAGAAUCGCAUGGCUAAUGCAUUCUGGGCAGACUCUAAGUCAAGGAGAGCUUACAGUCAUUUUGGAGAUGCAGUUGUUCUGGAUACAACGUACAGGAUGAAUCAAUUUAGAGUACCAUUUGCUCCAUUUACAGGGGUGAACCAUCAUGGUCAAACUAUUUUAUUUGGUUGUGCGUUACUUUUUGAUGAAUCUGAAGCUACAUUUGUGUGGCUAUUUAAAACGUUUCUGGCUGCCAUGAAUGAUCAUGCGCCUGUCUCCCUGACCACAGAUAUGGACAGAGCCGCACAGGCUGCAGUUACACAGGUUUUUCCUGAAACUCGCCAUUGUAUAAACAAAUGGGAUGUGCUAAGAGAAGGCCAUGAUAGAAUGGCUCAUGUAUGUCGUGCUCAUCCUAACUUUCAGGUGGAGCUCUAUAACUGCAUCAACAUGACAGAGACCAUUGAGGAAUUUGAGUCUUUUUGGCUAUUAAUACUUGAUAAGUAUGAUCUCAAGAGAAAUGACUGGCUUCAGUCUAUAUAUAAUUCCCGCAAGCAAUGGGUGCCUGUUUAUUGUCGAGACUCCUUCUUUGCUGCCAUUUCCCCCAGUCCUGGAUUUCAGAGCUCCUUUUUUGAUGGCUAUGUGAAUCAGCAAACUACUUUGCCAAUGUUCUUUAGACAAUAUGAAAGAGCUUUAGAGAACUCAUUUGAGAGGGAAGUAGAAGCUGAUUUUGAUACAGUAUGCACCACUCCAGUGCUGAAGACACCUUCCCCUAUGGAAAAUCAGGCUGCUAGCAUGUAUACAAAGAGAAUAUUCUUGAAAUUUCAAGAGGAAUUAGUAGAGACAUUUGUAUAUACUGCAAAUAGAAUUGAUGGAGAUGGGAAUAGUAGUACAUUCAGGGUUGCUAAAUUUGAGGAUGUCACGAAAGUCUAUUUCGUCAAAGUGAAUAUUGUGGAAAUGAAAGCUAAUUGUAGCUGUAAGAUGUUUGAGUAUUCUGGUAUCCUUUGCAGACACGUGUUAACAGUAUUUACUGUAACAAAUGUACUUACUUUACCAUCUCACUACAUCUUAAAGCGGUGGACCAGAAAUGCUAAAAACAUCAUUAUAGCCGAUGAACAAUGUGAUCUGCAGGGAUCUCUGAUGACAAGAUAUAAUAAUUUAUGCAAGGAAGCAACUAGAUUUGCUGAAGAAGGGGCUAUAUCGCUAGAGACAUACAGAGCAUCAAUUCUUAGUCUUAGAGAAGGAGGGAUAAAGGUUGCUGGUGUUAAAAAAAAUGUAGCAAAAGCUGCACCUUCUAGCUCACAGGUUGGUGGAGCUACUAAUGAUGAUUGUAGAACAUCGACAGCAAACCUUGAAAUGACCCCUCUGCUUUGGCCACGCCAAGAUGAUAUUUUUCGACGCUUUAAUCUUAAUGAUACUGGGGUUCUUAGCCAUUCAGAUCUGAGUGUCCCACGCAUGGCACCAGCUUCUCUUAACCGUGAUAGUGGUCACUCCGAAAACAUGAUGAUUCUUCCUUGUCUUAAGUCAAUGACUUGGGUAAUGGAGAACAAGAACUCAACUCCAGCUAAUAAGGUAGCAGUAAUUAACCUGAAGUUACAAGACUACGCCAAGACGCCAGCAGGAGAAUCCGAGGUAAAGUUCACACUAUCAAGGGUGACUUUGGAACCCACGUUAAGGUCCAUGGCCUACAUCAGCGAACAGCUUUCAACUGCCAAUAAGGUUGCUGUCAUCAAUUUAAAGCUUCAAGACACAGAGACAACCUUGGGAGAAUCAGAAGUGAAGUUUCAGGUUUCUAAGGAUACUUUAGGUGCCAUGCUGAGAUCAAUGGCCUAUAUUCGAGAACAGCUUUCAAGCGCAGUCGAGCCCAAGCAAGAUAAUCUAACAAAAAGACCACGGAAGUAGGUGUCUUCUGGUGCCACGCAUUCACACACGAAAGUUUAGGUGCGACUCAUCUUUGGUUCUUCUCUGAACAUUCCUUUCUCUGACUUCACCCCGGAUGUUCUCAUCUUGUGGGUAGUUUAGUUCCAAUAUAAUCUUGUUUGGUAUCUCCUGCUUGUAAAUGUGAUUUUUCUUUCAGUAGAGCAGAGUGUUUAUUUUAUCUCAUUUUUGUUUGAUAGUUAUGUCCCAGAUUGUAUGACACAUAGACGGCUAUUUGUACAUUUAUUUUGAUGGUUUUGUAGAGCUAGCAUGCUAUUGAUGUAAAAUGGGAUUUUCUAGUGUAACUUUGUACCCAGGUUGUGGAAUAAGAAAAUUUUUGCAUACCCAA